CGAACUUGAUGUGCCCCGUUCACUUUUCGCACUUCCACGAUGGCCGCCAAGCUGGGCAGGACCGAAGUGCUGUCGCUCCUUUCUUUGUCAUGUGCGUGCGUGGGCGUGCUGGCAAACACCUUCCAGGGCGACGGCGAGCCUCUAAUCGCUUCUGUUGCAUUUAGCGGCCUAGCGUUUUCUUUCACCUACGCCCUUAUACGAUGGCUAGGGCCUGCAUUCAAGCGCGCUGGCUUCAAGGGGAAGGAUCUGUCGAAGCUGCGUCAGCCCGAAAUACCAGAGACGAUGGGCGCCGUCUGCGCCAUUGUAUACCUGUUCAUUAUAAUCGUGUUCGUGCCGUGGCCCUUCUACAAGGACAUCGUGGCGGCCACGUCUGGCGGCGGGAAUCGCGAUGUAGUCUUCGAGCUCCAGCAGGUGGAGACUGGCCGACUACUGCACAAAUUUCCCCACAGCAAACUUGCAUCAUAUCUGUCUGCCAUUCUCUCUCUUCAGUCCGUCGUCCUAUUGGGCAUCGGCGACGAUCUGUUUGAUAUCAGAUGGCGCCACAAGGUGCUCAUCCCGGCAUUCGCCUCUAUUCCUAUUCUGAUUGUCUACUUUGUCGACUUCGGCGUGACCAAGAUGGUCGUCCCAACGUUCCUACGACCCUACCUUGGCGAGCUGUUUGAUCUCGGGUGGUUGUACUACGUCUACAUGGCCAUGGUGUCUAUCUUCUGUACCAACAGCAUCAACAUCCUGGCCGGCGUCAACGGGAUCGAGGUGGGACAGUCGCUGGUGAUUGCAUUCCUCAUCGUCUUCAACGACGCCCUGUACCUGUCGCCGUUCACGCCGUAUCCGCAUCCGGCCACAGACUCCCAUCUGUUCUCCUUGUACCUCCUUCUGCCAUUCAUCGGUGUUUCAGUGGCGCUACUAAUGCACAACUGGUUCCCUGCCAAGGUCUUUGUGGGCGACACGUACUGCUACUUUGCCGGCAUGGUGUUCGCCGUCGACGGCAUCCUAGGACACUUUAGCAAGACGCUGAUCCUGCUUCUCCUGCCGCAGGGCUUCAACUUUUUGUAUUCAGCGCCGCAGCUGUUCCAUAUCAUACCAUGCCCCCGACAUCGGCUCCCGCACUUCAACCCCCGGACCGGGCUCAUGGAGUGCUCCAUAGUGGAGUUCAAGAAGCCUCUUGCGCGGCCGAUCGCGGAGGUGCUGAAGCUGCUGCAUCGCUUACGGCUGCUCCGGAUAGAGACCAAUGAGAAGGGAGAAGUUGUCUCAUCUACUAAUUUCACAAUCAUCAACCUCUGGUUGGUUUGGUUCGGGCCCCUGCGAGAAGAUCGACUCGCAAUGGGGCUGUUAGCAUUUCAAACGGGGUGCGGGCUGGCGGGGUUGUUUGUCAGGCAUCGAAUGGCACUAUGGGUCUUCACUCAGGAUAAUCUGUGAACAGGUGUCCUUCGCAAAUGUCCUUUUCCAACGUGCCAUCACACGAGAGCGGACUGUAAGAUACGAGGUCUAGGAAGGCCGGUAGGUAGGAAUCGACACAGCCGCUAGUAAGCGGCAGUUGAGUCCCGAUAGCGGCGUGGGGUAUAUCGUCUCACCGUUCAGGAAAUCUACCUAGGUACUUGCAGAGACACCAUGCUGGAGCGGUAGCUUACUUCUCAGCGUCAUUAGACUAUACAAAGAUCCGCAUCGAGCACCAGAUUGCAGCCUUGAGCGUCUACACCAGCCU